GGAGUUGAAUUAAUGAAGAAUUCAGACCCAAGCAUAGCAUUUACAGUUUAUUGAGACCACAGGGAAAUGUUUUAAAAUGCAUAAUUCCAUUUUUAAAAAAAAGCAAAAUAUCACUCCUUUAAGUCGCUGGUAUAUGACAUGACUUCAGGGUGUUUGUUUUUAUUUUUCCUGUAGUGACCUCUUUCUACCAUUUGGGGUCGCUAUUGUGUACGUGUGAGUGGUACUUGAAUGAGAUCUGUUUUUUACAGUAAUUGUUUUCCGCAGACUGAAAACACACCUGGGUGACAGGAUCUGUAAGUAAUUAGAACAACUUUUGUUAUUUACUGUAAUAACCAGUCGUUUGUCAGGGGAUUUCUAAUAGAUCACACCUAUUUGUUUAUGCAGGGGAGAUGGAAAUGGCUUUAACUGUUACACACUUUUAUACAGUUUUGCUCUUUAUCUUAAAGAGGAAAUAAACACUACACGUUUUCUUAGCAUCUUCCUCAUGAGUGUGUUACAGUUCUGUUCUACAUGUGUUUUUGUUCAAGUACUGUUUUUGUUUUUUUUAUUUGAUGAAAUAUGUUAACAUCUGUGUGUUGUUUGGGGUAAACUGCAACUUUCUUGUGCACCAUUUCAUGUACAUUAACCAACAAGUCAUAUAUAUUUUUUCUGUAUCAAGAUAUUUCAACCAAAUUUUUCACAAAUGAACAGGUUUUUCACCCUUAAAUAAACAGUUUACAGUACAUUAUUGUUGCAUUUUUAUUUUUUUUAUUGAACACAUGGUGCCAUUUUUACGAUAAUAAAAAUCUUAUCUUGGAAUGACGUGAUAAAAUCUCAUCCUAACAUAGCUGCUGAUGUUUGUAGUCAGAGCACUGAGGUGCAUCUGUGUUUGGAAUCUGAUCCAAACACACGGCGGCUGUCAGAAAAAUACUGCAGACGUAUCACUUUCCUCUUAACAUCCUGCAGAGGAAGUCUUAAGACAGGAAGAUGGAUGGGUUGGGGCUGCUGACUCCAGUUUCAAGGAGUCCUCAGGUGUGGAGUUGGUUGCUAAGGACUCCCAGCGUCCCGACAACAGCGGGGGUUAGUGUGACACCAUCAACAGGCAGACGGGCUGAUCCUGCAAGCUGAGAUGCUCUCUGGAAAAUAUGGUAUUCAGCCCAGAUUUGGACCAUCAAACAGGAUCUUGGAACUGGCCCAGCACAAAACCUCAAAGACAGUUUGGGCUACGACUCCUUGUGACAAGCUGAGUUGGGGUAACCAGGAGCCCAUCCGGCCCAUCUCCUCUUCAGCGCUCGGAGCUGUUCCAAGUACAAGAAUCCAAUACCUGUCCAAGAACAAAAGAGACUUCUCAGCAUGGGAGGACCACUGGAGGAUGGAGGAGGAUGCGAGCGUCUUCAGGAAGACACGCCAUCCUUCCUCCAAGGCGUCCCAGUACGAGCGCAUUGUCCGCUUGUCAACGCCCAGAACCAGGAGUCGCAGCUCCCAGGAAACAGGGCCUCCUCAUACACCUCAGUGUGAGAAUAACUGUCCAAUGUGGCACGUUGAUCCCAAACUGAAAACCACUGUGAUCACACCCCGACUGCUGCAGCUCUCCAACCCCAAAAUGAACCAUCCAGACUUUCAGAGCAACCGAGAGAGUGCGUCCGUCGUUUCUUUCGCCUCCAGAACGGCUCGGAUCUCAAAGCGUCUGGUCCAGCUGUCACUGCCCAGACUGAGGCAGAGCAACAUCUGUUAUGAGCUGAGAUGUCCGGAGGAAUCCAUCUGGACCGUUUCGAGGGCGGCGAGGAGAGCCACAGCGAGCGAACGUGUUGAACUCCUCGCAACACCGAAGCAGCUUUCCAAAGACUACAUCCCUUCACGAGAACCAGAGUGGCACCCGAGGCAAAGCCUGAACAGCUGAGAGGCCUUCGACAACUCCACAAAGUGAGUUUCCAUGGUGACGGGUAUCUUCAUUUCUUUUCUGUAUGAAGAAAGAAAACAGAAGUGAUGAACAGGACGGUUUUGGUUACGCAGCAAUGACUGAAAGAUUCCAGACCUGCUGUUCUGCUCACUUUACCCUUACAGGGUGUUUGAGCAGGUCUUGAAAGUCUUUGAAAAGUCUGGAAUUUUGAAACGCUUUCUCCCAGACCUUAAAGUCUGGAAUUUUGAAAUGCUUUCUUCCAGACCUUGAAAAGUCUGGAAUUUUGAAACGCUUUCUUCCAGACCUUGAAAAGUCUGGAAUUUUGAAACGCUUUCUUCUAGACCUUGAACAGUCUGGAAUUUUGAAACACUUUCUUCCCGACCUUGAAAAGUCUGGAAUUUUGAAACGCUUUCUUCUAGACCUUGAAAAGUCCUGAAUUUUGAAACGCUUUCUUCCAGACCUUGAAAAGUCUGGAAUUUUGAAAUGCUUUCUUCUAGACCUUGAAAAGUCUGGAAUUUUGAAACGCUUUCUCCC